CGAACCGCUGCCCGACCGCGGCGACCUGCAGCGAACUGCGGCGGACCCGCGGCCAACUUGCGGAGCGCGCUCCGGGCCGCUAGCGAUCGCGAUUCCGCGCGGCCGCGGCGGCGCUUUAAGGAUUCCCGCGGCGGAUUUCCGCGACCCUCGAGGAUCUCUCGCGGCUCGCGCGAGUCGAGAAACUGUCCAAUAGCGAGCGCGCGUCGCCGUGACCGGCGAGUCUCCUCGUCGCCUCGCCAGGGGGAGGAGUGAGAGCUCUCGCGGCGGUGAAAGGUGAGAUUUUGCGCAGAUUCGGUGAGGCUGCACCCAUGAGACUUAUCAAGCCAACUAGAAAAUCGUAGGUCGGUGUCGCGGCUCCGGUGGAACGUUCCGUAGAGAGACGCGGCGACGAAGUCGUCCUCACGAGUCACGGGGAAGGGUCCACGUCCGCCCCCGGCGACUUAUCAAGGUGGCUGUGAUAAGCAAAACGAGGUAGUAACGUUGCCGCUAUUGCUUUGGCGUUAAAAAUUAACGAGCGGUGGUGAAGGAUGAACUUUCCGCGCCGCCUUAUCGCGCCUAGCCGCGCCUGUUAAAUUAAGUGGUAAAUCGUUAUCGCGGUUCCUGUGACUUUUACGAUUGCGGGAUGUGAGCGGCGUCGGAGGAUGAGCGAGGCCUGAGGAAACUCGACCGCUACCCGUGCGACUUAUCGCAGUUUCAGAUGAACUUUCCCUCGGGGUUCGGACGCGGACUAUCAUCGUCCAUGGGUCGGAGGUUAUGAAGACUUGAGGUCGACUCGUCGGGGGUGGAAAGUCAAAAUCGAGGAGCAAAGAUGCUGGGGAGCAAAAGUUAAAGGAGCCUACACAACGAACAGCAGCAACCUGCCUCGUCCAUUGCGGCCAGCCACACUUCUCACGCUAAGAUGACAUAGAAUGGGUUGGGUGGCGCUAGGGCGGCGUGUGGGUGGUGGCGGACGCCUCUCACCCAUCCUCUCGCUGUCUCUCGCCUCCCUCGCCAGCUCCCUGACCCUCGGCACCUUCUGCGUCCUCACCCUCGCCCUCACCCUGGCCACCCUUGUGCGUGCCGAGAACAUCUUCGAAGAGGGAAAGUCGGACAAGGAGAUCCUGGACAACCUGCUACUGUCGACGCGGUACGACAAGCGACUCCUGCCCCCGGUCCAAGGUACACUGAGGCCCCCGCCCCACACGCGCCAAGAUGACUACACCCCCGACCUCGAACCCACUGACCCCGACAACCCCGAGCACCUCAAACAUCAUCGGCACUACCACCACACAGCACCACACAACCACAGUUCACUGCUCACCCCUCGGCGAACCGGAACCUUGACUGUCAACGUGAGUGUGUUGCUGUUGAGUCUGGCUUCACCCGAUGAAUCUAGCUUGAAAUAUGAAGUCGAGUUCCUCCUGCAGCAGCAGUGGUACGAUCCCAGGCUGCGGUACAGCAACAGAUCGCGUUACGAAUUUCUUAACGCGAUCCAUCAUCACAACGACAUCUGGCUACCGGACACGUACUUCAUCAUGCACGGAGACUUCAAAGAUCCCCUCAUACCCGUUCACUUCGCUCUGCGCAUCUACCGCAACGGCACCGUCAACUACCUCAUGCGGCGCCACCUCAUCCUGUCUUGCCAGGGUAGACUCAACAUAUUCCCAUUCGACGACCCACUGUGUUCAUUCGCUAUCGAGAGCAUAUCGUACGAGCAAACUGCUAUCACGUAUGUGUGGAAGAACGACGAGGACACGUUGCGGAAGAGUCCCAGUCUGACCACCUUGAACGCGUAUCUCAUUCAGAACCAGACAAUCACCUGUCCUAUCAAGGCGAGCUGGCGGGGUAACUACAGCUGCCUAAAGGUGGAUCUGAUCUUCACUCGAGACCGAGCUUUCUACUUCACGACAGUCUUCAUCCCGGGGAUCAUUCUGGUGACGAGCUCCUUCAUCACCUUCUGGCUCGAGUGGAACGCCGUGCCAGCGCGCGUCAUGAUUGGCGUGACGACGAUGCUCAACUUCUUCACGACCUCGAAUGGCUUUCGAUCGACGCUUCCGGUCGUCUCGAAUUUGACGGCCAUGAACGUUUGGGACGGAGUCUGCAUGUGCUUCAUCUAUGCCAGCCUCCUCGAGUUCGUGUGCGUCAACUAUGUCGGCAGAAAACGACCUCUGCACAACGUCGUGUACCGCCCUGGCGAGAAUCCCGUCACCCAGCGGCUUCCAGCGGUGCUCAGCAGGAUAGGGAUUAUAUUGGCCAGCCCCUUGAAGCGAGAAGGUGGAGCUGCCGCUGGAGGAGGUCCUGGACCGAACGAGAUAGUGACCUGUACCAAUUGCGGGCCCAAUCCUUGCACGCACACGGCCACCAACGGAUGCGCCGCCGAGAUUGAUGGAAAGAGGGGACUGUGUAUCGACUCUCCUGAGGUACGGAAAAAAGAGCCGCCACACCCCAUCAGAGUAGCGAAGACCAUCGACGUGAUAGCAAGAAUCACGUUCCCGGCUGCCUACUUCGUGUUCCUGACCUUCUUCUUCAUCCACUACAAGGGAGCCACGUAGACCCCACCGGGGUUAUCCAAAGCGAUUCCGGUAGCAAGCUCUCCGGAGGCGAUCCACCGCCGAGAGAGGCUCCGUUCGACGAUCCAGGAUUCCCUUUUCCCGACCCUGGAGCAGGAUCCGACAUCCCGAAUCACCAGGACUCGAAGGGUA